AUGUUUUUUCGUUCCUUUCACUUUCUAAAUCAUUGCUUAAAUUCCCAAACUAAACACACCAGAGGAGAGAGAGAGAGAGACAGACGUAGAAGGAAGGAGAGAGAGAGAGAGAAACCUUGCAAUCGUUUUGGAAACAAUUUGUUGAAAACGAAUUUUGAAGAAAUAUUUUAUUCUUACGGAGUAACAGAGAGAGAGAGAGAGAGAAAGAGGGAAGCAGUGGAGAUCGCGCAGUCUGAUGGCUAGGAUUGGAUCAAAAAGUACAGUGGUUGUUCUGGUUCUGUUUGUUGCUCUUGUUCUAGCUUCUUCUGUGUUGGUUUCUGCAGAAAGAAGUUUGAAACAGGUCUUUUCAAGUGAUGAAAAUGGGACUAUUCAAGAGGUUGACUCCAAUUACUUCAACAAAGUACUUAAUUUCUUAAGGCAAAAGGGUCAAUCUCAAUUGGGUUACCACCAUGCUUGGCCGGAAAUGAAAUUUGGGUGGAGGAUAAUUGUGGGUACGAUAAUUGGGUUCUUUGGAGCUGCAUUUGGGAGUGUUGGAGGUGUCGGUGGGGGUGGUAUUUUUGUUCCCAUGCUUACGCUGAUAAUUGGGUUUGAUGCAAAAUCAUCAACUGCAAUUUCAAAAUGUAUGAUCACGGGAGCAGCUGCUGCAACUGUUUACUACAACCUCAAGUUAAGGCAUCCUACACUUGACCUACCUAUCAUUGACUAUGACCUGGCACUUCUUUUCCAACCAAUGUUGGUCCUGGGGAUUAGCAUUGGAGUUACUUUCAAUGUGAUUUUUGCUGAGUGGAUGGUUACAAUCUUACUCAUAAUUCUUUUUUUAGGCUCGUCUACCAAGGCAUUCUUCAAGGGUGUUGAAACAUGGAAGAAAGAAACCAUAAUAAAAAAGGAGGUUGCUAGACUUUUGGCAUCUAAUGGUAGCGGUAAUGUGGAAGUGGAAUACAAACCUCUCCUUGGAGGCCCCGUCAAUGGCACCCAAAUGGAAUCCAAGGAAUCUCAAAAAUCAGUGGUUUCUAUUGUUGAGAAUGUCCGCUGGAAGGAACUUGGCAUGCUUGUUGCUGUCUGGGUUAUCAUCCUUGCCCUGCAGAUUGCCAAGAAUCACAUGACAACUUGUUCUGUAGCAUAUUGGGUGGUAAAUCUGUUGCAGGUACUUUCUGUGACUAAUCUAAUAGUUAGAAGGUCUUUACAUGCAGUCAUAAUUCAUCAAGAUGAAUGUCUGAAUAGUAUCACUGUUGGAGUAUCUGCAUAUGAAGCGAUCAGCUUAUACAAAGGGUGGAGAGUAAUAGCAUCCAAUGGAGCAGAAACAAACUGGCGAGUGCACCAGUUGAUUCUUUACUGUUGCUGUGGCAUUCUCGCUGGUAUAGUAGGUGGGCUGCUAGGUCUUGGUGGAGGAUUCAUUUUGGGUCCUUUGUUUCUUGAUCUGGGAAUCCCUCCUCAGGUGUCAAGCGCCACAGCUUCCUUUGCCAUGAUGUUUUCUGCAUCCAUGUCUGUUGCAGAAUACUACCUUCUGAGCCGUUUACCAGUUCCUUAUGCUCUCUACUUCGUUGCUGUGGCCACCAUUGCUGCGUUGGUAGGGCAACAUGUGGUGAGAAGACUAAUCGCUAUAUUAGGGAGAGCAUCUUUGAUCAUCUUUAUCCUGGCCUUCACAAUCUUUCUGAGUGCAAUCUUAUUAGGUGGUGUUGGCAUAUCGGAUAUGAUUAAAAAGAUACCAGAGGAUCACAGUGGUUUUGAAAACAUCUGUGCAUAUGAAAUAUAGAUUGUAUGUAGUCUUCAACCCCGCCAUCCUUGUUGAAUGAAAAAUCCUGUGUGUAAUGUUCCCCCAAGCAUCAAAGAUGUCUAUUCAAUGACACGUCACUCUCAAAUGAAGCUUUUUUAAUUCAAGCUCCAUGUUCUGCAUUAAAUUUGUC